CAUAUCACUUAAUCUGUGGUAUAUCGGUUUUAAAAGAAAAUAAAUAUUAGAGGGAAACGUAAACAAAUGCAAGUGUUGGUGUAGGUUCCCGUUUUCUCUUUAUUUUUCUCCAAACAGAAACUCUUGAUGUAUUAAAAUGAAGUUAAGUGUCGAUGGACUGCUCGUGUACUUUCCUUAUGAUUAUAUUUAUCCAGAACAGUUUGCAUACAUGUUGGAAUUGAAGAAGGGACUAGAUGCUAAGGGUCACUGCCUACUGGAAAUGCCAUCAGGAACUGGAAAGACAGUGUCUUUGCUCUCACUUAUCGUUGCAUAUAUGCUUGCAAAUCCUUUGAGUGUCACAAAGCUCAUUUACUGCUCACGAACUGUGCCUGAGAUUGAAAAGGUCAUAGAGGAAUUGAAAAAAUUGAUAACAUAUUAUGAGAGAGAGAGGGGACAGAAGCCAAAGAUGGUUGGGUUAGUUCUCAGCUCAAGGAAAAAUUUGUGCAUCCAUCCACAGGUGAGCAAAGAGCGUGACGGAAAAAUUGUUGAUGGAAGAUGCCACAGCUUAACUGCAUCUUAUGUCCGAGAAAGGCACAAUUAUGAUGACAGUAUACCCAUCUGCUCAUUCUAUGAAGGUUUUGACAUAGAAGGGCGUGAAGUACAGCUGGAACCCGGUGUCUAUAGUCUGGAUGACUUGAAAGAAUAUGGGCAGGAGAGGAAUUGGUGUCCAUACUUUUUGGCCAGAUAUACUAUCCUGCAUGCAAACAUUGUGGUGUACAGCUACCAUUACUUGUUAGAUCCAAAGAUCGCCGAUAUUGUGUCAAAGGAACUUUCAAAAUCUUCUAUUGUUGUAUUUGAUGAAGCCCACAAUAUAGACAAUGUGUGUAUUGAUUCAAUGAGUGUAAAAAUCAACCGCAGGAUCAUAGACAAAAGCACGGCCAGUAUACAGAUUCUGGAGCAGACAGUUAAUGAGAUGAAAGAAGAUGAUGCAAAGAAACUGAAAGAAGAGUAUCAGAGGUUGGUAGAGGGCUUGAGAGAUGCAAGUGUUGCCAGAGAAACAGAUGUGGUGUUAUCCAACCCUGUGUUGCCUGAUGAAGUCCUGAAAGAGGUUGUUCCAGGGAGCAUUCGAACCGCAGAACACUUCGUAGGAUUUCUGAAGAGGUUUGUGGAGUAUCUGAAGACACGACUUCGUGUGCAGCAUGUGGUAUUGGAAUCCCCAGCCAGCUUUCUCAAAGAUGUUUACCAGAAAGUGUGCAUUGAGCGUAAACCUCUCCGGUUUUGCCAUGAAAGAUUAGCAUCACUUUUGCGUACAUUGGAGAUUGCUGAUCUCACAGACUUUUCACCAUUGAUACUUAUUACUCAUUUGGCAACAUUAGUGUCAACAUAUACAAAAGGAUUUACCAUUAUUGUAGAGCCCUUUGAUGACAAAACUCCAACAGUAUCAAAUCCUAUCCUUCACUUCAGUUGUUUGGAUUCCUCUAUUGCUAUCAAGCCAGUGUUUGACCGGUUUCAAACUGUCGUAAUCACAUCUGGGACACUCUCUCCGCUGGACAUGUACCCCAAGAUUUUGGACUUCCACCCAGUCAUCAUGAGUUCCUUCACUAUGACACUGGCAAGGCCAUGUCUCCUCCCAAUGAUUGUUUCCAAGGGAAAUGACCAGGUUGCCAUCUCUUCUCGGUUUGAGACGAGGGAAGAUGUUGCUGUAGUGCGGAACUAUGGCCAACUCUUAGUGGAGAUUGCUACAAUUGUACCGGAUGGAGUUGUGUGUUUUUUCACAUCAUACCUAUACCUAGAGUCAGUGGUGGCAAGCUGGUAUGACCAGGGUGUAGUUGAUAGCUUGCAGCGAAACAAGCUUCUAUUCAUUGAAACACAAGAUGCAGCCGAAACCAGCCUUGCUCUUUUGAACUACAUCAGAGCGUGUGAAAGUGGACGAGGAGCUGUGCUGUUGUCUGUGGCUCGGGGAAAAGUUUCAGAAGGUGUGGACUUCGAUCAUCAUCUUGGCCGAGCUGUUCUGAUGUUUGGGAUUCCGUAUGUGUACACACAGUCGAGAAUACUGCGAGCAAGACUGGAAUAUCUCCGGGACCAGUUCCAGAUCCGUGAAAAUGACUUCCUGACGUUUGAUGCAAUGAGGCAUGCUGCUCAGUGUGUGGGGCGGGUCAUCAGAGGCAAGACUGACUAUGGUAUCAUGAUAUUUGCAGACAAGAGGUUCUCUCGUUCAGACAAACGCAAUAAGCUGCCCAAAUGGAUACAGGAACAUCUCAAAGAUUCACUGUGCAACUUGUCUACUGAGGAAGCUGUCCAGAUUGCUAAACGCUGGCUGCGACAGAUGGCACAACCUUUCAGCCGUGAGGAUCAGCUUGGUGUGUCACUGCUCACGUUAGAGCAACUACAAAAUGAAGAGAUGCAAACAAAGCAACAGAAAGCUGCUGAACAGAAACUUUAAGAAAAUAAAAAUACAGUAUCUUACUUUUUUAA